UUAGUGAAGAAACGAAAGUGAAAGCAGCCAGAAGCCUGAGGAAGACGCUCCGCCGCCUGUUUGUGUCAGUCUGUCGGAGUGUUUGUACCGGACGGCACGAUGGAAGGAACCGAGCGCCCGCCGCCGGUGAUCGUGGAGGGGGACUGGAACCCGGCUCAGACCAAAACUAUGAAGAACAAACUGCAACUUUACUUCCAGAGCAAGAAGAAGUCCAGCGGGGGAGACUGCCGGGUGGAGGCGGAGGACGGAGCUCCGAGAGCCGCCGUUUACUUCAGAUCAGAGGAGGUGAGAGAGCGAGUUCUCGCCCGGCAAAACCACGAAAUCUCCCUGGAGAAUCAAACUGUCAAGUUACGUCUGAUUUCUGCAUCAAGUCCAACAAACAGUGACAACGUCUCAGAUUCAUCAACAGAUUCAAAGACUCCGAAGUCAGAAGAUGAACCUGGAAAUGGAGUUUCUGCAAAGAGCAAAGAGGAGUCAGUUCAGAGCGUCGCUGUGGUGUUGGACAACGUGUCAGACAACAUGUCCACAGACAUGCUGUCCAUGCUGGUGGAGAACAUCUCGGGUUUGGACGAGAGCUGCUACAGUCUGGAGAUCAUCUGGGAGACUAACAGAGCCGUUGUCACCUUUACCAAACCUGCAGAUGUGGAGAAGUUCCUCUCUGUCGGUGAGUCCAGCCAGAAGCUACAGAAACGCGGACUGAGCGCUCGGCCACUGGAGGCAGCAGAGAGCGUCCGAGUGGAGAAUCUUCCUCCGACUGUGCUUAAAGACAUGUUGGAGCUGUAUUUUGAGAAGAGCUGGGCUCUGCCAGAAAAUAUCGUCAUGAUUCCGACUGAACAGGCUGCCAUUGCAACUUUCAACAACCCCAAAGUUGUGGAAAGCAUUUGCAUAAAACAAGACGUUGUGAUGCGGUCCAUCUCUGUCAAGGUGUAUCCAUACUACAAGUCCCUGGGCACCGCCCUAUACGGCAGCGAGCGACCAACAUGGAAGAUGCCCGAGCCCUUCACAGAGAGCGUUCACCAUGUUGUCUGGAAAUUUCUCCUGAUGAAGAAACUGUUAAAAACCAUAAACGAUCAGAUGCGUCCGUACUUCUGCAGUGUGGACUUGGAUAACCCUGAGGUGAAACUCAGCCCUCUUCCGAGCUUUUUGAGGCAGAAAGGUCUGACGGCCAAACAUGUAGAUAACUGGAUGAGCACCGCCCGAGAGGCCUUCCGUCAGCAAAUGGCUCAGUACAUGGCCUUUGAAUGUACAACGAACGCACGUGCAUGGAAAGCUGCAGAGAAGGAGGUCCGUUCACUUGUCAGGGAAGACGCCAUCCUGGUGCCGGAUGCAUCCAGGGGGAUUUUGACCGUGGCUGGCCGAGCUAACGACAUAAAACAAAUCAGGGCUCCUGUGGAGAACAUUGUUCUUAAAGCCAUGAGUCAGAUGAAACGGCAGACAGAGGGUGUCUCUGAGGUAAUGGUUAUGUCCCCUGCAGAGUUCUACAUCCUGCAGCAGGGUGGGGUGCAGAAAGCUGCCCAGGACAUUUCCCCUGACAUGAACCUCUCCUUUGAUAAAGGCACCCAGACGUUAACCAUUACAGGACUCCCUGCAGAGGUUUACCAGACUAAGUCGUGGAUCUUGGAGAAGAAUAUGGCUAUGAGUAAAAAGCAGCUGAAUGUCCCCACACAUCUUCUAGACUUUCUCAAGACAGUGGAUCCCAUGGACAUGUCUCAGGACCUGUUCACGUCUCAAGGCAUCAGUGCCAUCUACAGCAUUGAGAGCAAAGGGGUUUUCCUGUUCGGGAGUUCUGAGAGUGUCCUCGCUGUCGCAGAGAAUAAGAUGAAGACGGUUUUGGACGUACAGACUCUGGAUGUGGAAGACCAGGAAGUUCUUAAACUUCAAAACUGGGUAAGCCUGAACCAACAGCUGUUGGCCACCUGCAACUCCUUAAAGAAGAAAACAGUGGCCAUUCAGAUCCACCCAGAGAGGAGAGACAAAGUAACCGUGGCCGGCUUCCUGAAUCCAGUGAAAGAGGUCAGCAGCAGUCUGAAGGAAUUCAUUGUGAACUACUCACGAGUUCAAGAAAUCAUUCGUGUCGAGUCAUGCGCUGUUGUUCAAUUCAUUGACAAGAAAAAGUCACAAGAUUGGUCCAGUAUUGCCAAGGAUAAUGAUGUAGAAGUCCGUUUUGAUCCAGUGAGGCCAAGAAUCACCCUCGCUGGGGCUCGUCUUCACGUCCAGAAAGCCAAAAUGUGCUUUCAGAAACUGACCAGUGCUCUCUCCACUGACGAUUUCAUUGUGGAUAAACCUGGAGCUAAGAAGUACUUCCAGACUCAAGGAAGCCUGUUCCUGUCUACAAUAAUGACAGAGCUGAGCUGUGUGGUGAUGCUUCGUCCAGAGAAUCAAGACGAAGAGGAGGAAGAGAACUAUGAGGAAGACAAUGACCUUUGUUAUUGCAAAGUGAAGACCACGAGUGGAGUUCUGAUUUCAGUCAGCAAGGCAGACAUCUGUAGCUUCCACGUGGACACGGUGGUCAACGCAGCUAAUGAGGAAUUACAGCACAUUGGCGGCCUGGCUUUUUCCCUGCUAAAGGCUGCAGGACCCGAGCUGCAGAAAAUCAGCAAUGACUACGUUGCCAAAAAUGGAAAACUACGUCCGGGUGAUGCCAUCGUUACAGGUGCAUGUAACCUGCCUUGCAAAUACAUUGUACAUGCAGUCGGCCCACGUUUUUCUGACUUUGACAAGAAGAUGUCAGUGUCACGUCUGAAGUUUGCUGUUAAAAAUAGUCUGACACAAGCAGAGGGAGUGAAAUGCUCCACCAUUGCACUGCCAGCGAUCAGCUCAGGUGUGUUUGGUUUUCCUGUUGAACUCUGUGCUGAGACCAUAGCUCAGGCAGUGCGGGAGUACUGUGACAAACCUGGAGGUCCAAGAUUGUUGACGGAGAUUCACCUGGUGGACAACAAUGAUAAGACCGUAAGAGUCCUGGCCACAGCUGUCAACAGAGAGUUCAUGGACCUCGGACCUACUAUGACGGUACCACAUGCGGCAGGAGGAAGAGGCACUGGGGCUUCAGGCGGAUAUCAGGUGAGUCGAGGUCAGAGCCACUCGCCCAGGGGCGGCCGGUUUGGUAAAGGAGGAGGGCGUGGAAAGAGGGCUGAGGGGACAGGAGCUGGAUUACAGGGAGGUCUGCAAGGUAACACGAGAGCUGGAGGACAUGGAGGGUCGGGCAGGAUGGAGCAGACCACAGCUGAGGGUCUGAAGAUUGUUCUGUGGAAAGGAAACAUUCAGGACCAGACUACUGACGUCAUCGUCAACACCAUCUCAGAGGACAUGAACCUGAACCAGGGAGCUGUUUCCAAAGCGAUCCUGCAGGCGGCCGGGCACGGCCUGCAGUCAGCUGUUCGGUCCGAAGCCAGGGCAAGAGCACUGCCGUACGGCGAUGUCGUCAUCACCGACGGCUUCAACCUCAAGUGUCAGAAAGUCUAUCAUGCUGUUUGCCCGUUUUGGAACAACGGAGCCGGCCAGGAGGAGUUAAUAUCCAUCAUCAGAUAUUGUCUGGAGAAUGCUGAGAAAAAUCGGAUGGCGUCGCUGUCCUUCCCGGCCAUCGGCACAGGAAACCUGAGCUUCCCCAGAGACGUGGUAUCCAGAGUCCUGCUGCAGGAGAUCCACUCAUACAGCCGCAGGAAAACUCCUCGCUAUCUGAGAGAGGUGGCCAUCGUUGUUCACCCGAGUGACAGCCAAACGGUGGAUUGUUUCACCAGGGAGUUCAAAGGUCAGACUGGCCAGAGAAAUAUCCAAAAUGAAGCUCAGGAAUUUAAUGAGGCACCAGUUAGGCCAUCAGUCAGCCAAUCACAACAGUCCUCAGCCUCCUUUGGUCAGGUGUCGUCCCCCUCCCUCGGUGUGUAUCGGAUGCAGAUGGGUCGGCUCACCCUUGAGGUGUCAUCUGGAGACAUCACCAAGGAGGUCUGUGAUGUCAUCAUCAACUCCUCCAAUCAGGGCUUUACCCUAAAAUCAGGAGUGUCGAAGGCCAUCUUGGACAGCGCUGGACUAACAGUUGAGCUGGAGUGCUCACAGAUUGUAAAUUCUCCGAAUUACCAGCCUGAUCCGUUUAUCCUGACGUCGGCCGGCCAGCUGCCCAGCACACACAUUAUCCACGUUGUCGGCCAGAAUGAUCCUGCAAAGAUUAAGGAUGUGGUUUACAAAGUGCUAAAGUUCUGCGAGGAGAACAAGUUCAGCUCUGUCUCCUUCCCGGCCCUGGGAACAGGUCAGGGAGGGGUCAACCCGUCGGCGGUGGCAGACGCCAUGGUGGAUGGGGUGGUGGACUUUGUGAGGAAGAAGCACCCGAGGUUUGUUGGCAGCGUAAAGAUCCUGAUCUUCCAGACGUUCAUGAUGGCGGAGUUUCACAGGAGCAUGAAGAGGAGAGAGAGAGAGCAGGUGGAGGAGAAGAGCGCCUUCACCAAGAUCAAAGACACUGUCACUUCGUUUUUUAUGGGACUUGUGGAGGAGCGACCCAGCACUGAUGACCUGUUUCUGGAGAGAGAGGAGUUUGAGCCCACAGUGUUUCAGCUGUGUGCCGACAACGACAUGGCUGUGAGUCAGGCUAAGAAAAGGGUUAAAGAGCUGAUUGUGGCUGAGCAGGCGGAGAGAACCAUCACAGACCAGUACAUCAGUAAGCUGUCGCAGGCCGACUUGGACCAGCUAAAUUCCCUGCAGAGGAAACUGACGGUUAGCAUCAGUCUGAACCGAGGGAUGGAGGACCAGGAGUCCAACAUCCACCUAGAGGGUCUGACCAGAGACGUCUACACCGCUGAGUCUGCAGUCAGGGACAUCAUCCGCAAGGUGGAGAGGUCGGAGAACUUGAAGAGCAAGGCCUUGCUGCUGAGUGGACUGGUAGAGUGGCAGUUUGAGAUCAGCACCGGGGUGAUGGUACCCUUUGACAUUUACACCAACCUCAACCUGGAAGAGGCUCUGGAGAAGAAACAACAAAGUGUGACGAUCCAGAUCAACAACGAGAAGUACCAUGCUCAAGUAAUGCUUAGAAAAGCAGUGUCAGCAAGUGGGCGUAAAUCCAUGGAGCUACAUAGAAAAGAGAUGAAAGCAGAUGACGACGCCCUGCCAUCAAAUUGGGAUGACAUGAAAGGCGCCCUCCUCAAACGAGUUCCUCUGACUCCAGGAUCCAAAGAAUACAACGAUGUGGUGACGGAGCUUACAAAGACCGGUCUCGCUGCAAACAUCAUCAGUAUUGAACGAGUCCAAAACACGACACUGUGGCAGAGCUACCAGCUGAUGAAGAAACAAAUGGAGGUGAAGAACAAACACACAAACAACGAGAGGGUGCUGUUCCACGGCACCGGAGCCACCUCCAUUGAUCUCAUCAACAAACAAGGCUUCAACCGCAGCUACGCAGGAGCACAUGGUGCGAUGUAUGGCAAUGGAUCUUACUUUGCGGUAGACCCGACCUACUCAGCACAAGGCUACGCCCAACCUGACGCCAAUGGCCAGAAGCGCAUGUACGUGGCCAGGGUCCUGGUCGGAGACUUCACCCAGGGAAAAGGUGGCUUGAUCACCCCGCCCUCCAAGAACUCCAGGAAAGCUGCAGACCUGUAUGACAGUGUUGCAGAUAACAAAACCAAUCCAGCCAUUUUUGUAGUCUUUAAUGACAUUCAGGCAUACCCAGAAUACCUGAUCACAUUUACAUGAAUGAAGCUAUAAUUACACUGUGCUGCAAUUCUGAUGAAAAUGUCAUGAAAAUUCUAUUAUUUGUGUUUUAGUUUGAAUUACAAUUGAGUCCACAAAAACAAUUUCAAAUUAUUAUGUAAUAUUGUAACAUUGCAUAUUUCCUGAAGGGGAACUUUCCAUUUACUUGAUUUGGUUUCACCCACUACAUGAGUAAAUGAAAAGAAAGGAUGAAAGUUUGCUAGAAAACAAAAGCAUGAACAAGAAUAUUUUAAAACUCUUUAUUUUCCUUCAUCUGACAUUUAUCACAUUUAUUGUUUUUUUUUCAAUGGAAUAUAGUCUGAAAUGCCUUUUAUUAAAGGAUCACUGCGGCAGUUUGUGAAAUUCUCUUGUUAGCUGAUGUAUUACAGUUUUUCUUGAUUG